ACUGCGCGCGGCAGGCGACACUCCCUCAUUCCGCAGCCGCUACGAGCUGCUGGACCGACUGAAGGAUUCACCGGAACUUCAGCCUGUGCGGCUGUCACACUUUUAAAUAGGGGUUCGGUCCAAUAUGGCGGCAUACGGAUGGAAAUACUGAUGACAGUCCGAAAGAUCGCCUCGAUUUGUACGAUGGGCGCCAAUGCCUCUGCUUUGGAAAAGGAGAUUGGACCGGAACAGUUCCCUGUUAAUGAACACUACUUUGGACUGGUAAAUUUUGGCAACACCUGCUACUGUAACUCAGUGCUGCAGGCACUGUACUUCUGCCGGCCCUUCCGGGAGAAAGUGCUGGCCUAUAAGAUCCAGCCGCGGCGUAAAGAGAACCUGCUCACCUGCCUGGCUGACCUUUUCAACAGCAUUGCAACUCAGAAGAAGAAAGUGGGAGUCAUUCCACCAAAGAAGUUCAUCUCCAGACUGAGGAAGGAAAAUGAGCUGUUUGACAACUACAUGCAGCAAGAUGCACAUGAAUUCCUCAACUACUUGCUCAACACCAUUGCAGACCUGCUACAGGAGGAGAAGAGCCAGGAGAGACAGCAGAAUGGAAAGGUAGUACAGAAUGGUGGGAGUGGAAGUGGAGGAGGUGGAAGCGGUAGCAGCACAGGAGAGGGUGAAGCGGAGGAAAAGAUCCAGCAGACCUGGGUGCACGAGAUCUUCCAAGGCACACUGACCAAUGAGACACGGUGCCUGAACUGUGAAGCGGUGAGCAGUAAAGACGAAGACUUCCUAGACCUCUCAGUGGACGUGGAGCAGAACACCUCCAUCACACACUGUCUUAGGGGUUUCAGCAACACAGAGACCUUAUGUAGUGAAUACAAGUACUACUGUGAGCAAUGCAGAAGUAAACAGGAGGCUCAGAAAAGGAUGCGGGUGAAGAAAUUACCCAUGAUCCUUGCCUUGCACUUAAAGCGCUUUAAGUAUAUGGACCAGCUUCAUCGCUACACCAAGCUCUCCUAUCGUGUAGUCUUCCCUCUGGAGCUGAGGCUCUUUAACACUUCUGGUGAUGCGACCAACCCCGAACGAUUGUACGACCUGGUGGCUGUAGUGGUGCACUGUGGGAGCGGGCCAAAUCGAGGUCAUUAUAUCACUAUAGUGAAGAGUCACGGCUUCUGGCUUCUGUUUGAUGAUGACAUUGUAGAGAAAAUAGAUGCCCAAGCGAUUGAGGAAUUCUAUGGUCUGACAUCGGACAUCUCCAAAAACUCAGAGUCAGGGUAUAUACUCUUCUAUCAGUCUAGAGACUGAGCCAGCGGGAGUGACUGACGGAGUGGAAGGAUGUGAUUUGUGAGAGACCGGAUGAGGCAGAUAGUGGGCUUGGGCUUUGUUGACACAGCUUGGCCCUAUGCUCCAUCCCCUCUCAGUCAAGUCCCUUUUCAUUCAGGCUUAUCAGUGGAGCUUUGCACUGGAGCAUCAAUCGGGCCCCAGACAGGAGCAGUCGAUGCCAGAGUGACCUGGACACAGCACAGUAAUCACCAGGCAGAAGUAAUCGCCGUCUGGUUCGCUGUCGUCUCACUCGCCUGCUUGGUGUUGCUCGGCACACACAAAAACGCACAUAUAAACAUGUGAAAGAGCAUCUUGAUGGCCUGAGAAUGGACACUGUACAAACUUUUUUUUUUCCACCACACACAUUAACAAAUUUAAUUUCAGAUAAUCUGGUUCACUUCUCUGCACAUCACAUUCAUCAUCGCUGGGUUAUGUGUCAUGAUCUGUUUUGGC